UUUAGGGUCGGGUAGAAUCAAAAGAAAGGAAACUGGGACCGGGACUGGGACUGGGACUGGGCAAAGAAGAGAAGGGAGAGGCGAAGAGAGCAAGGAAAAGGGGACACAAGGGGUUUGAGAGUGUAAGAAGAGUGAAUCCGAGAGAGCAAAGGGAGUUCGCGGAACUGGAGAAAAAAAAAAAAAAGAAAAAGAAGGAAAUCUAAAUCUCUGGAAACAGAUCAAGGACAAGUGGUAGCUAGUGAGCAAUACAGAAGAAGCAGAGGAGGCAGCACUUUAAGUUUUGCUGUUGAUUGACUUUGAAACCUGAUAAUGGCUCACCUGGGUGGUGGUGCGGAGGCACACGCCCGAUUCAAGCAGUACGAGUAUAGGGCCAACUCUAGCCUGGUUCUCACUACCGAUUCUCGCCCUCGUGACACCCAUGAGCCCACCGGGGAGCCCGAGUCGCUCUGGGGCAAGAUUGAUCCUAAAUCUUUUGGUGACCGGGCUUACAGAGGCAGGCCCCCCGAAUUAGACGAGAAGCUCAAGAAAUCAAAAAAGAAGAAGGACCGUGAUCCCCAGGCAGAACCUGUUCUUACUCGACAAAGCAAGAGGCGCCGCCUCCGUGAAGAGAGUGUUCUUACAGCCAGUGAUGAAGGCGUUUACCAGCCCAAGACAAAGGAAACCAGGGCUGCCUAUGAGGCCAUGCUUAGUCUUAUUCAACAGCAGUUGGGCGGGCAGCCUCUCAAUAUUGUUAGUGGUGCUGCUGAUGAGAUUUUGGCUGUCCUUAAGAACGAGUCUGUUAAGAACCCGGACAAGAAGAAGGAGAUUGAGAAGUUGUUGAACCCAAUUCCUAAUCAAAUAUUUGAUCAGCUUGUUUCUGUUGGAAAGCUUAUCACCGAUUACCAAGAUGGAGGUGAUGCUUCUGGCACUUCUACAGCUAAUGGUGACGACGCACUGGAUGACGAUGUGGGAGUAGCUGUUGAGUUUGAGGAGAAUGAGGAUGAGGAAGAGGAAAGUGAUCUUGAUAUGGUCCAAGAGGAUGAGGAAGAGGAUGAAGAUGUUGUCGAGCCUAAUGGUUCUGGGGCAAUGCAAAUGGGUGGUGGGCUCGAUGAUGACGACACACGUGAUGCCAAUGAGGGCAUGAGCCUUAAUGUUCAGGACAUUGAUGCUUAUUGGCUUCAGAGAAAGAUUUCUCAAGCUUAUGAACAACAAAUUGACCCACAGCAGUGCCAGAAGCUUGCAGAAGAGGUGCUUAAAAUACUAGCCGAGGGGGAUGACAGAGAGGUUGAAACUAAACUUUUGGUGCAUCUCCAGUUUGAAAAGUUCAGCCUCAUUAAGUUCUUGUUGCGAAACCGGCUUAAGAUUGUUUGGUGUACCCGUUUGGCUAGGGCAGAAGACCAGGAGGAAAGGAAGAAGAUUGAAGAGGAAAUGAUGGGUUUGGGCCCAGACUUGGCAGCAAUUUUGGAGCAAUUGCAUGCAACAAGAGCAACUGCAAAGGAGAGGCAAAAGAAUUUGGAGAAGAGUAUUAGAGAAGAGGCUCGUCGGCUGAAAGAUGAGAGCAGUGGCGAUGGGGAUAGAGAUAGAAGGGGUCUUGUUGACAGAGAUGCAGAAAGUGGUUGGUUGAAAGGCCAACUUCAGUUGCUGGAUCUGGACAGCCUGGCUUUUGAACAGGGCGGCCUUCUGAUGGCAAAUAAAAAAUGUGAUCUUCCCUUGGGUUCUUUUAGGCAUCAGCGAAAGGGUUAUGAAGAGGUUCAUGUUCCGGCCUUAAAGCCAAAGCCAUUAGACGCCAAUGAGCGGCUUGUGAAGAUAUCUGACAUGCCUGAGUGGGCACGACCAGCAUUCAGUGGGAUGCAACAGCUGAACAGGGUUCAGAGCAAAGUCUACAACACUGCUCUUUACACGGCUGAUAACAUUCUCCUCUGUGCUCCUACUGGCGCAGGGAAAACUAAUGUUGCUGUACUAACCAUUCUUCAGCAACUUGCAUUUAAUAGGAAUCCAGAUGGUACGUUUAAUCACGGGAAUUAUAAGAUUGUAUAUGUUGCCCCUAUGAAAGCCCUUGUUGCCGAAGUUGUUGGUAAUCUUUCUAACCGUUUGAAAGAUUACCAAGUGAAUGUGAAGGAGCUAAGUGGAGAUCAGUCACUGAGUCGGCAAGAAAUUGAAGAGACCCAAAUAAUUGUGACUACUCCUGAGAAGUGGGAUAUCAUUACCAGAAAGUCUGGAGAUCGCACAUAUACCCAGCUUGUGAAGCUUCUUAUCAUUGAUGAGAUUCAUCUUCUUCAUGAUAAUCGAGGGCCAGUCCUCGAAAGUAUUGUUGCUAGAACUGUUAGGCAGAUUGAAACUACAAAAGAGCAUAUUCGGUUAGUGGGUUUAUCAGCUACUCUGCCUAACUAUGAAGAUGUGGCCUUGUUUUUACGGGUCGAUGUCAAGAAAGGGCUGUUUUAUUUUGACAAUAGUUACAGACCUGUUCCUUUGUCUCAACAGUAUAUUGGGAUUACAGUAAAGAAACCACUCCAGAGGUUCCAGUUGAUGAAUGAUGUGUGUUAUGAGAAGGUCAUGGCAGUUGCAGGGAAGCAUCAAGUCUUGAUUUUUGUCCACUCAAGAAAGGAAACAGCCAAGACAGCACGUGCAAUUCGAGAUACUGCACUUGCUAAUGAUACUCUUAGUAGGUUCUUGAGGGAAGACAGUGCUAGCCGUGAGAUUCUUCAAAGUCAUACAGAUAUGGUCAAGAGUAAUGAUCUCAAAGAUCUUCUGGCUUAUGGUUUUGCAAUUCAUCAUGCCGGUUUGACGAGGGGUGAUCGCCAGCUUGUUGAGGAUCUUUUUCGUAUGGGACAUGUGCAAGUGUUGGUAUCCACUGCCACUCUUGCUUGGGGUGUAAAUUUGCCUGCUCACUCUGUUAUUAUCAAGGGGACCCAGGUAUACAGUCCAGAAAAAGGGGCGUGGACUGAGCUAAGUCCUCUUGAUGUUAUGCAGAUGCUGGGUCGUGCAGGGAGGCCUCAGUAUGAUUCUUAUGGUGAAGGAAUAAUAAUCACUGGCCACGGUGAACUGCAGUACUAUCUUUCUUUGAUGAACCAGCAGCUUCCAAUUGAAAGUCAGUUUGUCUCCAAACUUGCUGAUCAGCUUAAUGCAGAAAUUGUCCUUGGAACAGUUCAAAAUGCUAGGGAAGCCUGCAACUGGAUUGGCUACACUUACUUGUAUGUUCGUAUGCUACGAAAUCCUACACUCUAUGGCUUAGCACCAGAUGUUCUCACAAAGGAUAUUACGUUGGAGGAGAGGAGGGCUGAUUUGAUUCACUCAGCUGCAACAAUCUUGGACAAGAAUAAUUUGGUAAAGUAUGAUAGAAAAAGUGGAUAUUUCCAGGUGACAGAUUUGGGUCGUAUUGCUAGUUACUAUUACAUAACUCAUGGGACGAUAUCCACGUAUAAUGAACAUUUGAAGCCAACAAUGGGUGACAUAGAGCUUUGUCGAUUGUUCUCUCUGAGUGAGGAGUUUAAAUAUGUGACAGUCAGACAAGAUGAGAAGAUGGAGCUGGCAAAACUUUUGGACCGUGUUCCCAUUCCAAUCAAGGAAAGCCUAGAGGAGCCUAGUGCAAAAAUCAACGUUUUGCUGCAAGCAUAUAUUUCACAGCUGAAGCUCGAAGGACUUUCUCUGACAUCUGACAUGGUGUACAUAACUCAGAGUGCGGGGCGUCUUCUACGAGCACUUUUUGAAAUUGUCUUGAAACGAGGAUGGGCACAAUUGGCAGAGAAAGCUUUGAACUUGUGUAAAAUGGUUACAAAGAGGAUGUGGAGUGUCCAAACACCUCUUCGCCAGUUCAAUGGAAUCCCAAAUGAAAUUCUGAUGAAAUUGGAGAAGAAAGAUUUGGCCUGGGAUAGGUUUUAUGAUCUAUCAUCUCAGGAGAUAGGGGAGCUUAUUCGUUACCCAAAGAUGGGCAGAACACUUCACAAGUUCAUUCAUCAAUUCCCAAAACUAAACCUUGCGGCGCAUGUUCAGCCAAUAACUCGUACUGUUUUGAGGGUUGAACUGACAAUAACACCAGAUUGUCAAUGGGAUGACAAGGUUCAUAGAUAUGUGGAGCCCUUUUGGGUACUAGUUGAGGAUAAUGAUGGUGAAUAUAUUCUUCAUCAUGAGUAUUUUAUGCUGAAAAAACAAUAUAUUGAUGAAGACCACACUUUGAAUUUUACAGUGCCAAUUUACGAACCUUUGCCACCCCAAUAUUUCAUCCGGGUGGUGUCAGAUAAGUGGCUUGGCUCACAAACUGUUCUACCUGUCUCAUUUAGGCAUCUGAUUCUUCCGGAGAAGUAUCCUCCACCAACAGAGUUGUUGGACUUGCAACCCCUUCCUGUGACUGCUUUAAGAAAUCCGUCAUAUGAGGCUCUCUAUCAAGACUUUAAGCAUUUUAAUCCUGUCCAGACUCAGGUCUUCACUGUUCUAUACAAUACAGAUGACAAUGUCCUAGUUGCUGCACCAACAGGCAGUGGGAAGACCAUAUGUGCGGAGUUUGCUAUACUGAGGAAUCAUCAAAAAGGACCUGAAUGUACUAUGCGCAUUGUGUAUAUUGCACCUCUUGAAGCCAUUGCCAAGGAAAGGUAUCGUGAUUGGGAGAAGAAGUUUGGCAAGGGUCUUGGCAUGCGAGUGGUGGAAUUGACUGGGGAAACGUCAAUGGAUAUGAAGCUGCUCGAGAGAAGUCAGAUAAUCAUCGGCACUCCUGAGAAAUGGGAUGCUUUGUCCCGCAGGUGGAAACAGCGCAAGUAUGUGCAGCAGGUUAGUCUUUUCAUUAUUGAUGAACUUCAUUUGCUUGGAGGUCAAGGUGGGCCUGUGUUGGAGGUGAUUGUCUCUAGGAUGAGAUAUAUUGCAAGUCAGGUUGAGAACAAGAUCCGUAUUGUUGCUUUGUCUACUUCACUUGCAAAUGCCAAGGAUCUAGGUGAAUGGAUAGGGGCUACCUCUCAUGGUCUUUUCAACUUCCCUCCUGGUGUUCGUCCUGUGCCACUUGAGAUACACAUUCAGGGAGUGGAUAUAUCUAAUUUUGAAGCAAGGAUGCAAGCAAUGACAAAACCAACAUACACAGCAAUUGUUCAGCAUGCCAAGAAUGAGAAGCCUGCUAUUGUUUUCGUCCCUACGCGAAAACAUGUCCGACUCACUGCAGUUGAUCUAAUGACAUACUCAAGUGUUGACAGCCAGGAAAAUCCAGCAUUUCUGCUGCGAUCUCCCGAGGAACUUGAGCCUUUCGUCAGCAGAAUCAAUGAGGAAAUGUUGAGAGCUACUUUACGCCAGGGAGUGGGGUACUUACAUGAGGGUUUAAGCAGUUUGGAUCAAGAGGUGGUCUCGCAACUGUUUGAAGCUGGAUGGAUUCAGGUUUGUGUCAUGAGCAGUUCGUUGUGUUGGGGAGUGCCAUUGUCAGCACAUUUGGUGGUUGUGAUGGGAACACAAUAUUAUGAUGGGCGGGAAAAUGCUCACACUGAUUACCCUGUUACGGAUUUAUUGCAGAUGAUGGGACAUGCUAGCCGACCUCUGCUUGAUAACUCUGGGAAAUGUGUCAUCCUUUGCCAUGCACCUCGAAAAGAAUAUUACAAGAAGUUCUUGUACGAAGCAUUCCCUGUGGAAAGUCAUUUUCACCAUUUCUUACAUGAUAAUUUUAAUGCAGAAGUGGUUGCAGGAGUUAUUGAGAACAAGCAAGAUGCUGUGGAUUAUCUUACUUGGACUUUCAUGUACAGGAGGCUCGCGCAGAACCCCAACUAUUACAAUCUCCAAGGAGUAAGUCACAGGCAUCUCUCAGAUCACCUUUCAGAGCUUGUUGAGAACACAUUGAGUGAUUUGGAAGCAAGUAAAUGUGUAGCUAUAGAAGAGGACAUGGAACUAUCUCCUCUGAAUCUUGGCAUGAUAGCGUCAUACUACUAUAUCAGUUAUACCACUAUUGAACGCUUCAGUUCUUUGUUGACUUCUAAAACAAAAAUGAAGGGCCUUCUGGAGAUUCUGACAUCAGCUUCCGAGUAUGCACAACUUCCUAUUCGACCUGGAGAGGAGGAUGUGGUUCGGAGGUUAAUCAAUCACCAGAGGUUUUCCUUUGAAAAUCCUAAAUGUACAGACCCUCAUGUAAAGGCAAAUGCGCUGCUGCAAGCUCACUUCUCAAGGCAAGCUGUGGGUGGUAAUCUAGCAUUGGAUCAGAGAGAGGUUCUCAUUUAUGCUAGUAGACUGCUUCAAGCAAUGGUUGAUGUUAUUUCAAGUAAUGGUUGGCUGAGCCUUGCUCUCCUGGCAAUGGAGGUGAGCCAAAUGGUGACACAAGGCAUGUGGGAGCGAGAUUCCAUGCUACUGCAGCUUCCUCACUUCACAAAGGAGUUGGCCAAGAAGUGCCAAGAGAAUCCGGGUAAGAAUAUAGAGACAGUGUUUGAUCUGGUGGAGAUGGAAGAUGAUGAGCGCCGCGAACUCCUGCAGAUGUCAGAUAAUCAGUUGCUGGAUAUUGCUAGGUUUUGCAAUCGUUUUCCCAAUAUUGAUUUGUCAUAUGAGGUGUUGGAAAGUGAGAAUGUGGGGACUGGGGAAGAUGUCACAUUGCAGGUCACUCUUGAACGAGAUCUAGAAGGGAGGACAGAGGUGGGGCCUGUUGAUGCACCCAGGUAUCCAAAAGCCAAAGAAGAAGGAUGGUGGCUUGUUGUUGGAGACCCCAAGAGUAACCAGCUUCUUGCCAUCAAGAGGGUUUCCCUUCAGAGGAGGGCAAGAGUCAAGCUUGAGUUUGCUACUCCUGCAGAAGCUGGAAAGAAGACAUACACGCUGUAUUUCAUGUGCGAUUCAUUUAUGGGUUGUGACCAGGAAUAUACCUUCUCUGUGGAUGUCAAGGAAGCAAUGGCCCUUGAUGACGAUAGUGGAAGAGAGUAAAAUUUUGGCUGUACUUUUCCAACUUUGAUGUGAAUUUCUAUUGUAGCUGCUUAUGGUUGUUCUCUGUAGUAGACCAUAAUUUUUAUUCAUAUGUAGGCACUAAUGUAAUUAGUUAACUGAUAAAAUUGGAUUGUAGACUAAAUGUUGUUUUUGUUUUCAUGCUGGAAUGAAUGCCUCGGUAGAGUAUGACAAUUGGUUGAUAGUGAAAAUUUCUUUUGUGGA